CAAGGCAUUCAUCCAUAACCUAAACCUGCGAGACUACCAUCCAACGACACUAGCAUCAGCCUAAACUAAAAACAUCAGAAACGCAAGCAUCUUGCGCGGCGCUGAGGAAUGAAACGCAGCUAUAAUGGGUGUAUAUAACAAAAAAGGAACUAUUAAAAACUUAACCGUCAGUCUUUUUUGAUUUUUGCUGCUGGUUGUAGACGUCAUUGGAGAAUUGGCAUCGUGCAGGAUUUCUAUGCUGUUUUAGCCGUCUACGUGUUGAUAUAUAGCUGAGAACAUUCUGUGGGUUUGAAUCACAACAGCUUCAACCAUGUCUGGCGCCUCCGUGAAAGUGGCUGUCAGAGUGCGGCCCUUCAACUCAAGAGAGACCAGCAAAGAAUCAAAAUGCAUAAUACAGAUGCAAGGGAACUCCACCACUAUUUUGAACCCCAAGAACCCAAAGGAACCACCCAAAUCCUUCAGCUUCGACUACUCGUACUGGUCUCACACCUCACCGGACGACCCCAGCUUUGCGUCACAAAGCCUUGUGUACAAUGACAUCGGGAAGGAGAUGUUGCAGCAUGCUUUUGAGGGCUAUAACGUCUGUAUUUUCGCCUACGGCCAGACUGGAGCUGGCAAGUCCUACACCAUGAUGGGAAAGCAAGAGGAAGGACAGGAAGGCAUUAUUCCUCAGCUCUGUGAAGAACUCUUUGAGAAAAUCAGUGACAAUAACAAUGAGGAGAUCUCGUACUCGGUGGAGGUGGCUUAUAUGGAGAUAUACUGUGAGCGGGUGAGGGACCUGCUAAACCCUAAGAAUAAAGGGAACCUGCGUGUCAGGGAACAUCCUCUACUUGGGCCGUAUGUUGAAGACCUCUCAAAACUGGCUGUCACCUCUUACACAGACAUAGCUGACCUCAUGGAUGCUGGUAACAAAGCUAGAACUGUUGCCGCCACCAACAUGAAUGAGACGAGCAGCCGCUCUCAUGCAGUCUUCACUAUCGUUUUCACCCAGAGGAAGUAUGACAGCGAGACAGACCUGUCCACAGAGAAGGUCAGCAAAAUCAGCCUGGUGGAUCUGGCAGGAAGUGAGCGUGCUGACUCAACAGGGGCCAAAGGAACCAGACUGAAGGAGGGAGCAAACAUCAAUAAAUCUUUAACUACACUAGGAAAGGUUAUUUCAGCGCUAGCUGAGGUGGAUAACUGUACCAGCAAGAGCAAGAAGAAAAAGAAGACAGACUUCAUUCCUUACCGAGACUCAGUGUUGACAUGGCUCCUAAGAGAGAAUUUAGGAGGGAACUCAAGGACAGCUAUGGUGGCCGCCCUGAGUCCUGCUGACAUUAACUAUGAUGAAACUCUCAGCACACUCCGAUAUGCAGACAGAGCCAAGCAGAUCAAGUGCAACGCUGUCAUCAACGAAGACCCCAACAACAGACUGGUGCGGGAGCUGAAGGACGAGGUGACGCGUCUAAAGGAGCUGCUCCGUGCCCAGGGCCUUGGGGACAUUCUGGACAUCGAGCCAAUGGGGGAUGAUUACCUUGGAAGUGGAAGCAAAUACCUGAAAGAUAUACACAACAGUAAGCAUAGAUACUUGCUUGCCUCAGAGAACCAACGGCCUGGCCAUUUCUCCACAGCACCUAUGGGCUGCCUGACAGCCUCUCCGUCCUCAGGCUCUCUGUGCAGCCAGGCAGGGCUCCAGUCUGUCUCAAGCAUCCAGGAGCGCAUCAUGUCCACGCCGGGCGGAGAAGAGGCCAUCGAGAGGCUGAAGGUACACAGACAAGCAUUUUCCAAACAAAAGAAGUGUCAAGGGCUUAAGUGA